UGUGUGCAUGUGUGUGUGUUUCUUUUUGAGAAAUUAUACGAUCAGUGUGUGUGUGUGUUUGAGCUCAUGUAACGAAUAAAGGAAUCUUGAAGAAUUAGAAAAAGAAAAAAAAAUCAAAUCAACUUUAGAUCAUAUGUUGCAUAUAUCAACUAUAAAGUUAAUAUAUAAUAAUAAUACUUGUUAGAAUCUAAUUAAUCGAUAAAAGAAAACAAGAUGUGAUAAAUUGCUAUCUUUAAUUUGAUAGUCACAUAAAGUACAAUCUUUCUCCUACGACUCUCAGUUUUGCUUCUUAAGCUUUCUUCUUGUCUUGUGAUCAUCUAUCCUAGCACUAGUGGAGUUUGGAUAGGCUCUUGAAUCUUACAUGUUUGCUCUCGAUUGGACUCUAUUGAGCUUAUGUCUAACCAAAGCAUAAAUCAUUUGUGUUCUGAUGAAUGAACUCCCGUCCGUCUUAUAGACCAGGUUACUACUUAUACCACGUUCAUUUUUAGCAGCAAGAGUCUUGAUUUACUCAUUUGUUUUAUGAACUGUUUGUUUCUUCGUUAAUGUUUUCAUUACUUGUAGAACAGUACAAAAAUAAUUUCCGAACCCUAAAUCUAGGCCUCUUCUUGGGUAUUGAUAACUCAAAAAGUUUAAUGUACUAAAAUUAUGUCAAUUUGUAAUGUCUAUUUAACCAAGUUUAUUUUUCACUAGAUCUUCAAUUAUAGAGGUAUGAAAAGUAAUACUUUAAACAUAUAAUUGUGUCCCAUGGAUAAAAUUUUGCUACAAACACACAAAAGUCCAAAAAUAAAAAGCAGUCUCAUAAUACUAGUAAUUGCCACACUAAUAAUGAGCCAUAGAAAUAAUUAACUUUUCGACUAUGAAUAUGAAGAAAAUAUCACUCCCUCAAGUUUUCUGGUCUCUUACGUUUUCUCAGUCAGGAACUUGCUAAGAUAAAUAUUUAACUGAAUGACAAAACAAAUUUGUUUCGUGCAUUUCUUGAUGUUUGUAGUGUUACAUUUCUAUGUCGAGCUCAGUUUUGCUAUUCUUAUAGGAGUAAAUUAUAUGCGGAAUUAUUAAUACAAAAAUGCUAGUACUAUUUACGUUUUGUAAAUACCAAUCAGAAGCAUGUAGGGUGAGAGAUUUAUUGGUUUGCUGUUUUUGGAGUUAGAAAAGCAGAACAUAUGUGUAUAUAUAUAUUAAUUGAUCAUCCAUUAUUUACAAUCACAAAUACUGUUAUGUAUAUAUACGAACUCACCAAUUUAGUUCAUAUGUACCUAACCCAAAUUACCAUUGACCUAGAUUUACUCCAUUUCCUCCCUCUAUAUAUAGAUCCACUCUAUCAUCAUUCAUCUACACAAAACACACUACAAACUCCAAAAAAAAUAAAGCCAAAACUUUCCUUGCUUCACCAAUAAUUAACCCCUACUAUUAUAAAGUUAAUCAUAGGAAAUGGCUUGUCCAAGGGUCUCCAUUUUGACUAUUUGCUUAUUACUUUUUGUUGUAGGAUUUGCCUCGCAACCUUGUGAAGCUAGAAAUGUUUUAAUGCCUUACAAUGCAACCAAGGGAUUGUUUCUUAGUGCCUUACCAAAGGGUAAUGUGCCACCUUCGGGUCCAAGCGACAAGGGUCACACUUCUCAGCCGGAGGAUUAUUUGGACAAGCAUAUGGUACCGGAGAUUCACCGCCAACUAGGAUCAGUCCCUAGCCCCGGCGUUGGUCAUUAGGCACAUUGAUUACCGACUUUAUAUAUUUAUUGUAGCUUUCAUUUCAUGAUAUUAUCAUAUAUCAUACCUUACGGCGUCUUAUGAAGAAUGGUUGUUCUUGUGUGUCUUUAUAUAUGAUCUAAUACCAAGUACUGAAAUAGAUGUGUUUUGAGUGUGUGUGUGUGUGUGUGAUCAGUUAUUUUACAAUUUCUUUGAGAUCUGUUUUAACGUGUGCUAUGGUAUAUGUAUUUAACUACAUGCAGCUCUUUGUCGCGUUCAAAGAGAUUCAAAAACAAAUAGUAGUUAUUUGCGUAUAACUUUAUAAGUUUUUAACAAUU